CGACAAGAAGAUCCGAGAGGGCCGCGGCCGUGAAGAUGGACGAAGAAGGGACGGCACGACCAGCGCCGCCGCCGCCUCCGUUGCACGUUGACGUGGAAUUGGAAACGCAUGUGAUUUCCGCCACAUCUCCAUCAACCUUGGCUGAAGUGGACCAGUCUGUCUUGGCUGAAUUACCUCCAGAAAUUCAAAACGAAGUGUUGGCAUCAUUGCGUGCAGACGUCUCGGCAGUCCCGCCCCGUGUCCAAGUACCUCCAUCAGAUGUGGAGCCAUCUACAUCGCCGUCGGAUACUUGGGAGUGUCCAAUGUGCACAUUUCUCAAUCACGCGGCGUUGGCCACGUGUGAAAUGUGCGAGUUCUGCAUCCUCGACGACGAAACCGACGACGACGACAGCAUCCUUCCGGACUCGGAAGCGUUUCGUCACGCCGCCGCUUCGGCCAAAGCCAAGAUCCUCUCGGUGCUUAAAGCCACGAACGUCAAGAACGAUGAACUUUUGCAUUCGGCGUCGGCCGCGUUGCACAAGGUACAGGCGUCGGCCUCGAAGCAACUGCAGCAACUUUCAGACAAACUCUCUCCCCGAGCAGCGUCCGCUAAAGUCCCGUCAUUCACAUCUUCUGCCGUGCCGUCGUCGGACGUGUCCUUGGAACUCGCGGCGCUCCGCACCGACUUGAAGUCUCCCUGCGUUCCAGGGGACGAAGUGUACGAGAGCAUGCUGCAUCACUUGUGGACCGCCUUGGCUGAAGUCACAGACGCCACGUCCUUCGAACGGGAAGGCGAAGGCUGGAUGGCCAUCGGGUUCCAGCGCAUCAACCCGGACACGGACUUCCGCGGCGGCGGCCUCUUGGCGCUCAAGUGCUUGGUGUAUGCAUGCAACAUGCAUCCGGAGAAGAUGCUGUUCCUGUUCAGAGACCAAAAGCCAGAGCCGGGCAAGCGGUGGUACCCCGUCAGUGUCGCAGGCAUCAAUCUCACGUGUUUAUUGGCUGGCCUUCUCAAGCUAGGAGACGGCUCGUUCAUCUCGACCGAAGCCGCGUAUUGGCCAUUGUUCGACGAGCCCAAUGCGUUUUUUGAAAUGUAUUACCUUGUGCUGUUGAAAAUGGAUCAAAUCUGGCACCGCAGCCAUGCCACGUACAUGGAGUUUGGAGAAGUCCUGCGUGCCACCAAAACCCUAGUGAGAUAUGUGCUCAGCCGAUCUCCGAUGCAUUCGCUGGCAGACUUUGCCUGUACUUUGGAGGCCAUGAACGUCGAUGAGUUCAAGAUCACAAGACGCCAAGAGUACUUCCAAGAUGAAGAAGACUUGGAGUGCCCCGACCCGCGCCAUGUUCUCGACUGCGAAGACAAGCAAGAUGAUGCAAACAAGGGCGACAUUGCGUCCCUUCGCUAUACGCUUCACCAGUAACAGUCACAUGUUAAACUUGAGGCAUCCCGUCUCUUUGUGCUGGUUGCCGCAGCGAACACAGCAAAACUUGGAGCCGCAUCGACCGCAUGUGUACGAAGAAAGCAGUCCGCAGACGCAGCAAAAGUGCCGCGGAGGGGUCUUGGCGGGCUUGACGGCCGCCGUCACGUAGUUGAUGUCGGUUGAGGACAUACCGUCCCCACACUAUAGCACGCAUGUGAGGACGGAGGGAUGUGUGAGUAAGAUGAAGCCACCUCUUCGAAGAUCAG